AUUCUUUUUUGGCGGGUCAUAACAAUAAGAAAUCCUUAAAUACUGCAGAGACUAUACUAAUACUAAUUCUUUCUUAUUCAUGGGACAAGAAUUUCUUCCUUAAAUAAUUCAAUGGAUAUCAAAAUCAUGUUGAUAAGGACUACAAUGAUUGUACUUCCUAGAGUGACAUACAUACAUUGUGACAAUUCUUUAGUUUUCUAGUCAGUUUUUAAAACAUGGGAACUAUGUUGUGUAAAUGUACCUCACCUGGUUGCCUUUGCUCCUGUCGUCUGCCGUGGACGAAAGAUAUUGUCAACAAUGAUACAGCAUGGAAGCAACAAAACAAGGAGGCAGCGGAGAAUCCCAUGUACCAGUACAUGGAUUUAAACCGUGGGGGAAAACUGGUCGAAGCAUAUACGGAUCACGGACCUGAUACGGCCAAGCAGAUGAUUCGGGAGGAAAUUGUACACUUCUUGUACAAUCGAGGAAAAGGAGAACAUCUGACUAAGGCAAAGUGGGUGCGAUGGCGAUCAAGACUUAGAGCUAGAAUGGAGAGAGGAUAUAUGCAGGGCAAUUCCGAGGUUGAUCCACGCUCAGAUGAACAGGUCCUCGCAGAGUACAAAGAUGACAAAUUCAACAAAUUCGAGGAUCAUGAAGCAUGCUGGGAUAUCAACAAACGGGGUGGUGUUGGAGAGACGGUGUGCCAUUUGUGUUUUCUUAUGGACAGUCCAGCACAUUUGGAAAUUGCCAAGUUAUUGCUCAGUUUUUAUCCAAAACUUACUUUGGACAUAUACGAAGGGGACGAGUAUUAUGGUGAAUCGAGCCUCCAUAUAGCUAUAGUGACGGGAAACGUAGAGGGGGUUAAACUACUUGUAUUGAAUGGUGCUAAAGUAAACCAGAGGGCUACAGGACGAUUUUUCUUGCCAGAGGAUCAGAAGGCAUUAUUAAGCAAUACAGCAUCGACUGAUUAUGAAGGCUAUGCAUACUUUGGGGAGUACCCUCUGGCAUUUGCUGCUUCCAGUGGCCGGGAGGAGAUCUUUAACUAUCUCAUUGACAAUGGUGCGGAUCCAAAUCUUCAGGAUACUUUCGGAAAUACGGUGCUACAUAUGGUUGUCAUACACAAUCAGGUGAAUAUGUACAGACAUGCAGUGCGACACCCUAUCAAGACUGCCAACACGUAUAUCAAGAACGCAGCAGGUCUGACACCCCUCACCCUCGCCAGUAAACUAGGCAGACAGAAGAUCUUCCAAGAAAUAAUAGAACUUAGUAGUAUUGAAAUCUGGCGAUAUAGCAACAUAACUUGCUCAACGUACCCUUUAACUGCUCUAGACACUAUAGGACCAGAUGGCAGCACAAAUUGGAAAUCCGCCCUAAUGUUCAUCAUUGAAGGAAAAACAGAUGAACAUUUACAAAUGUUGGACGGUGGUGUUAUUAGUCAACUCCUUGAUGACAAAUGGAAAUAUUUUGCGAGGAGGCGCUUCUUUGAACAGCUGAUCUUCCACAUUAUCUACCUGAUCAUACUCAGUACAGCCGUUUACCUCCGCCCUCGCGGAUCCAACCAGCUACUUGGAGCGGCAAAUACUGAACAUAUUAUCCGGUGGAUGAUGGAAAUAUUUGUCGUUGUCACGUGUGCUGUCAAAUUUCUACUUCAAAUCAGUGAGAUAAAAUCUCAGGGUAUAGCAGGCUUUGCAAAGAACUUGAAAAGUGCUCCAGCCAAAACAAUCUUCAUUUUCUCUUGUCUCCUCAUCUUGGCAUGCGUACCCCUACGGUUCUUUGGACUAGUCUGGCACGAAGAGGUCCUGCUGACCAUCACCUUACCCGGAUCAUGGAUAUUCUUCCUCUACUUUGCAAGGGGUAUCCGACUGUAUGGACCCUUUGUUACCAUGAUUUAUAAGAUGUUACGUGGGGAUUUGGUACGCUUUGCCAUCAUAUACUUAGUAAUACUCAUUUGUUUUGCACAAGGUUUCUUCUUCCUGUUUAAAGACAUUGAUAAUGAAAGUAUCACAACGUUUAAGACAAUCCUCGAUACGUUGAUGACGCUCUUCCAGAUGACAUUAGGGGAGUUCAAGAUGUCAAAAGGAGACAUGGGUAUCAAGUAUGAAGAGUUUGGCUACACACGGUAUGCUACCUUGACCAAGAUCGUCUUCUUUUUCUUCAUGGUGUUAGUGCCAAUUCUCCUGCUGAACAUGUUGAUAGCCAUGAUGGGCAACACGUAUCAACAAGUCAUUGACAGGUCAGAGAAAGAGUGGAAGAGACAGAAAGCACAGAUCAUUGUAAAUCUUGAAAGAAGCUACUCCCGGAAACAACUCAAGCAAUUAUUAUUCGAGUACUCAGUGAAACUCGGAAAGCCACCAAAAGAUUUCCGUGGAGAUUAUGCUGUUGGCCAAGAGGACCAGGAACACAGAGGGUUAAUGGUCAUAAAGACAUCCAACAAGACGAAGGCAAAACAACGAAAGGGAGCAAUAAUUAAUUGGAAGCUUGCUCUAGUGGAAGUGAAGAGGCUACUUCGUGAACAUAAGAAGAAAGGUCACAAGACGCCAUUCGAGUUUCCCGGUAGUGAUAGAAAUUUGGAAUUGUCCACAGCUAUGGACAGUGACGGGAAAGAGUUCUUGACGACACCUAGAAUUCAUUAUAUUAAUUCAAGACGGGCGUCGACCGGGUCAUCCCUUAACGGGAUGCCAAGUGCUGGUCUCGCAUCAGCGGUAGAACAGUUGGCAUGGGAAAGAGAUCUCGACCUUUCAACUGCAGGCUUGACUCCUGUGCCAAAUUUGAAAGAAAUAGAGAGUAGUAAACUUGGCAGUGAUAUCAAAUUUACUGAUGUCGAUAGCAAUAUAAGUGUGUUUAAGUCAGAGAGUUACCAAGGGAGCUGGAUUGGUGAUUUUGAGAAAGAGUUUCAUGAGGAUACGAUAAAGACGUUCAAAGCUCCAGAUAAGGUGCAAGACGAUGACGUGAUCAACGAUCCGUUAUUCAAGGACAUUCUUGAAUCAAAACCACAAAAACAUGGCUUCGUAAACAUUGACUCUGCAGUUACAACUGAUAUUGACUGUCUUGAUGACGAGGCGGACGCUCAGGCACGUCCUGACUUGUCUGUCCCGGUUAUUCGAGUUGCCCGUCCAUCCAUUGAUGGGACACCCGGUGGGCAUAGUCUUGAUAGUUCCACAAGUGCAGACAGUCGCCGAGAACUUGUACAGGAGGAAAAGAAAAAGAAACGGGGACAUAAGAAGAGUAAAAAAUCUCUUGAGCAUAGAAGGCAUCAUUCUCCAGCCUGGUCUAAGAGGUCAAGGGUUGAAAACUUUGAUGCUCAAGACUCAAGGCCAGAACCAUCUAAGCAUGUUAAGUCGGAGGUGGAUUCUAGGCCAUCCUCAGCCUUCCCUGCCAAGCCCAUGGGGUCAAUGUCUUCUUUAUUAAUGGCUUGGGAUGAUGACAAUGAUGGUUUGUGAAUCAAUGGCUUUUAUAGAUGUGACUGCAGAGUAUAAGGAGUCAAAUAGACUUAGAAAUCUUAAGUCAGACCAUUAUCAUUACAUUUUUCCAUAUUUGUCAAGAUUUGUGGUGCAACAUAAACUAAUUGUACCUUCCGUCCAUUAUUGGUUUAAUCAGUCACAACCUUUCUUGUCAACUCCUUUCCGUGCAGGUGUAAUCCAGAAUUCCAUAUAGAAAUUACUCCAAGUUUCCAUUACUAUAGAAUUACUCCCUGUGUUAAAUAGAAAUUUACUCCAAGUUCAAACAACUUGAAGCUAAUCUUACAAGAUUUUGAUAAAUUGUUAGGAAUGUGUACAAUAGCAUGUAUAUACAUGAUUUAUUUAUAUGUUCUUUAGUCCGCAUUGA